AUGUCGCGCGCCACUGGAGCUGAUCUACCACCUGAAGUACUAUCAUACAUUCUCCAGUGUGUCCCGCCACGUUAUCUCGGGCUUGACUUAGACGAACGUCGCAAGUUGAAGCGCGGGCUCGCUGGGCCUGCCCUCGUAUGCAAGUGCUGGUCCGAAGUCAUCAGACCUUGGCUCUUCCGAGAAUUCGAGUUGCGCAGCGCCGAAGACGUACGGUUCCUCAAGAAUAUCGUCAGCAGUCCCGGAUUCGCAGCUUCAUGUCUGUCCGAGUCCAUCAAGUGGAUAUAUAUCCGCCAAGAAGCUACGGGAGCUAAGCCCUGGCUUCACCAUGUUCAUGGACUUUCAACCCGACUCCAAGGGACGAAAUUCCGCUGUGUCGCCAAGAACCGCGCGGGCGAUGCUGCAUCAGCAGCCGGCCGCUGGGCCCCAUUCGAGUCGAUACCCACCGUCACUCCAUCCUAUGUCCGACUUUCCGAUCUCACUCUUCACGAUGUUGUAUUCACGAGCAAGACCGAGCUCGUACGGCUCGUCGACAAUUUCCCCACGCUCGAAAACUGCUAUUGCGAGCGACUGACCUUCCUUGACCCGUUGCCGCCCGCCCGCCCACGCAGACUCCGCCGACGUUCUCCACCGACUCGCCACAACUUCCGAUACAUCGUGGACCCUGCUCGCCGCAUGGGCCUUGACGACCGCACAUGGGACACAGCCCUCCAGGGACUACUUGCGUUGGCGCCAAACAGACCAGGGCUGACGGUUGUGGGCGGCGAUGUGACUGACGCGGUGCGGAUCCAUUGCUAUUCACUCAGUCCAGGUCAGCCUGCGCGCCGCGGCAUCAUCGCUGAAGUUAGGUUUUGCCGAUCAAGUGCGGGCCAGGAUGCGGGGCCUACACUCGCGCAUAUCGAGAGCAUCGAUCUCGAACUCCGACUUGGCGAUGUCGGAGUUGCGGACACCCUUCCUUGGGACGGCUUGCGAGCCGUCGUUGAUUCCCCGCACAUGCGCCGCCUUUGUAUCAAGUAUAAUGGGCCGGGGAAUGAAUGCUUCGAGGGCGCGAAGAAGGUCUUGUGCUCUGUGCUGCGCCGCUCGCAGCUGACCUGGGCUCUCGAAUCAGGCAAACUGCAAUUCGAGAGAAAUUACCGUCCUGAGAAUUCUGUUACGAGAGAAGACAUCUUGUCAGUACCGACGAAGCACACCAUCGACGGCACCACGAUCACUCUCGACAUCGCCGAACAAGCCGAGUGGUUGCUGCGCCCGGUCCACGCUCGCUCUGGAUACGAAGCAAAUGGAAGCAGGGAGCAUUACUUACGAGAGCUCGUAACGAACCGUCCGAGCGGACCAUCCACGGACGCAGCCUCAGGGACCGCGCCGCCCACUGCAGAUGGCGCUCAAGACACGGCAGUCGAGCAGACGUGGGAAGCGGCGGAGGGAGAUGGGCCGGUAGGCGAACAGGGCGAGGAAACGGGCGACGUCGGCGACGAAGAGAGCAUAUAG